UAUGACAGCACAGAUGGAUUUUGCAUCUCCUGGUUUUAUCAGACAUUGGGACCUACAUUUCCUCCAUGGGGCUCUAUCAUUUGCUGUUCACACAAACUAUCCUACAGGAUUCCAGAAAUUUCUGAAGGAAAGAAACCCUCUCUCAGAAAAUAGGGAUGGGUUUAUCAGGAUCUUCUGGAAAGAUGCUUUUAAUUGUGAUUUCUCAAACUCCACCGUAGAGGAGAGACAUGAGAAGAUCUGCACUGGGGAGGAAAAGCUGGAGACUCUGCCUGGGACCGUGUUUGACACAAGCAUGUCUGGCCACAGUUACAGCAUCUACAAUGCAGUUUACAUUAUGGCACAUGCUUUGCAUUCAGUAACUUCAUCCAAGUCAAAACAGAGAGCAAAGAUAAAAGAGAUAAGGCAAAAAGGACUACAUGAACAGCCAUGGCAGGUACCAUCCAUACAAAUGUGAAAUGAUUUUACUUUUUUUUUUUUUUUGACUGGACAUGACUUCAUUGUCUCUCUACCUUGUCCCCAAUUUAGCUCCAUAAAUUUUUGAGAAAUACUUUAUUUAAAAACAGUGUUGGAGAAAAUAUUUCCUUUGAUGACAAUGGGCAUAUUAAUGGAGGAUUUGAUAUCUUCAACUGGGUCACUUACUCAAAUAACACAUUUACAAAAGUCAAAGUUGGAUGGGUGGACCCAAAUUCUUUCUCUUCCAAAACAUUCAACAUGCAGGAGGGUUCCAUUACAUGGCCCACAAGAUUUAACCAGGAAAGACCUCUUUCUGUGUGUAAUGAUAAUUGCAAUCCUGGUUCUAGUAGGGCCAAAAUAGAAGGAAAGCCAUAUUGUUGCUACGAGUGCCUUCCAUGUCCAGAAGGAAGGAUUACAAAUCAUAAAAACAUGGAUGAUUGUUUAUCAUGCCCAGAAGGACAGUAUCCAAAUAACAAGCAUGACUUGUGCCUUCCAAAACACAUAACUUUCCUGUCUUAUGAAGACCCAUUAGGGACCUGUUUGGCCAUUACAGCAAUUGUCUUUGCUUGCAUUGCUACUGUGGUACUUGGGAUCUUCAUCAAAUACCAGGACACUCCCAUAGUCAAGGCCAACAACCGGAACAUCACCUACCUUCUCCUCGUCUCCCUUGUGCUCUCAUUCCUUUGCAGUUUAUUAUUCAUUGGACAACCUGAAAAGGUCACCUGCCUUUUCCAACAACCUGCUUUUGGGAUUGUCUUCUCAGUAGCCAUUUCUUGUAUAUUGGCCAAAACCAUCAUCGUGGUGAUCGUUUUCAUGGCUUCAAUGCCAGGAUCCAAGAUGAAGAGAUGGCUGGGCAAACAAUUAGAUAAUUACAUUGUUGUUUCUUGUUCCCUCAUUCAAGUCCUUGUCUGUACUGUAUGGCUUAUAACCUCACCCCCAUAUCCAGAUGCUGAUAUGAAUUUAGUGGCAGAUAAAAUCAUUCUGGGAUGUAAUGAAGGCUCUACUCUCAUGUUUUAUUGUGUCUUACUCUACCUUCUUUUCCUUGCUAUUGUUGGUUUCAGUGUGGCUUUUCUAUCCCGGCAUUUACCAAACAGUUUUAAUGAGACCAAGUUUAUCUUCUUCAGCCUCUUGUGUUUUUGUAGUGUCUGGAUGUCCUUUUUUCCAACAUAUCUGAGUACCAAGGGAAAAUACAUGGUGGCUGUGGAGAUCUUUUCCAUAUUAUCUUCUAGUGCAGGGUUAUUGGGUUGCAUCUGUUUCCCCAAAUGUUUUAUUCUUCUUCUGAGGCCUGAUCUGAACAAUAAGAGGCAGUUACUGAAAGGCAAGAAACAAUGA